UUGUUCUUGCCCUUAAGAACAUUGACGUUCUGCGAGUAUUUUUGAUCGGUGAUUUGGUUGCCGCGGCAACUAUGCCUUCUGUGAUGCUUGGUCUGGCCGAUUCACUUUAUUUCUUGAACUGGUUCGACUCCUUAAUUGGUAGUAUUAGCGGGCUAUUAGGAAUCUUCAUAUUCGGGACUAUCUUCUAUGGUAACGCGAAGGAUGGGAUCAAUCUUCUCCAACUCCCAGAUGGGCUAUAUGUCGACGAUUAUUCCGUCCUCGGUGCAUUCAUUGUUGCACCUGUAGCCGCGGUCCUGAUGACGUUCGGUAGCUUUGCUGCUAGAACGGGUAUUUUGUAUGCAUGGGCCAAAUACAAAAGAGAAGAAUUCAAGUUUCCAGAGAAAAAGCCCUUGGAUUCAAGGAAAUAUGCGGGAGAGGAAUUCACCAUGGCUGUAGAGGAUUCUUUACAAAAGGAUAUCAUCAUUUCCGAUACCACUGCCAAUACCACUAAUGUCCCUUCCAGUAGCAACCUUAUCAAAUGA